UCAGGUGUUUUGAAGGCUCAACCCAGAGCGUAGGCACUGGCUGUGUCUCCAAGCCUACUUACAUGCCUACCUAGACUGCAUUUCUGGGCAUCGUAGACGCUGUGUGAGGGGCGCUCGUUCAGUCUAGGUAGGCAGCACUAGUUUUUGAGACACAGCCAUAAAGUGACGAGUCAGCCAGUUUCCAUUCACAAUGGAGUUUGGGGGGAGCUGGGCAGGGCAAAGGAUGUGGCUUGAUGUGGGACUGGACUUCACAGACUCACUGCUGCUCCUCCCACCACCAAUCAAAUUCUUCCUUUUAACUUCAUACUGCCCCUGAGCACACACAGGCACACAAAAUCAGACAACGGGGCCUGCCAGACAAAAUCAGGAUAUGACAUCAUACACAGGAAGGGAAGCCAAAUAACUUUUCAGCUUGUUUUUUCACUCUGUGCCCUAUUCCUACGUGAGUUUUGGAGGGUAAAGACUGACUGAUGAGUGCCAGAAAGGAUCCUCACGAGACAGAACAGGAGAGCGAGGACAUCUUUUCAGGUUUCCCACAACAUUCCAAGUGUCUACAGCGGGACCAAAGCCAGAAAGGGCCCAGGGAAUCAUAAGAGUGAAGAAUCACAACCAUCCAGAUCCUGACUGGAUCUGACGAUUCCGUCACCCUGCUCAGUUCAGCAAUGGCUCUGUGUUUGGGUCAGGUCUUCAGCAAAGACAAAACAUUCCGGCCUCGAAAGCGAUUUGAACCUGGAACCCAACGCUUUGAGCUGUACAAAAGAGCCCAGGCGUCUCUGAAAUCAGGCCUGGACCUGAGGAAAGUGGUGCAGCUGCCAGACGGGGAGAACAUUAAUGACUGGAUAGCUGUGCAUGUGGUGGAUUUCUUCAAUCGAAUCAACCUCAUCUACGGGACCGUGAGCGAGUUCUGCACUGAGAAGAGCUGUCCCAUCAUGUCUGGAGGACCACGUUAUGAAUACAGGUGGCAGGAUGGGAAUCAGUACAAGAGGCCCACCAAACUGCCUGCUCUUAUAUACAUGAACCUCCUGAUGAACUGGAUCGAGUCCCUCAUCAACAAUGAGGACAUCUUUCCUACACGAGUAGGAGUCCCUUUUCCUAAGAACUUUCAGCAGGUGUGCAAGAAGAUACUGAGCCGCUUGUUUCGGGUGUUUGUACACGUGUACAUCCAUCACUUUGACAUGAUCUGUAGUAUCGGAGCUGAGGCUCACAUCAACACCUGCUACAAACACUACUACUACUUCAUCUCUGAGUUCAGUCUCAUCGACCAUUCGGAGUUGGAGCCGCUGAAAGAAAUGACAGAGAGGAUCUGCCACUGAAAGAUGUGGAGAACAGAUGGGAAUCCCAAUGUCAAACAUUCAGACCAAAAGCACAAUGUACUUGAG